AUGGAAUAUGAAAGAAUAUCCUCAUUAAUCGAAAAAUUUAAAAAUGAUAAAUAUAUAUUAAAAGCAUAUAAUAAAAUAUAUGAUUAUAAUAAUUGUAAAAUUUAUAGAAAUGUAAAAAUAGAAGAUAUCGAAAACGAGAAAUAUAAUGAUGAUUUAGAGUAUAGUGUAUUUAAAAACAAGUUCAUUGAAAAAAAAGAUAAAGAUGAGAAAGAUAAACUAAAACAUAUUAUUGAAAUUAUUAAUCAGACAUUAUAUAUUUAUACAAAUGAAACAUUAAAUAAAUUUAGUGAAAAUAGCAAAGAACUCUUGGAUAUAUAUAACCAAAUAGAUAAUUGCAAUAGUUUAUGUUCCGAUAUAGAUGUAAUAUUAAAUAAGCAUAAAAAUGAUAUAAAUUUUAUUUCUAAUGAUAUAAAUAAUAUUCAAGAGCUAACUGAAAAUAUGAAUGACAAAUUAAAUAAUAGAAAACUAACACUAGAAUUAUUAAAUACAUAUAUUAAAAUUAUUUUGGUAACUCCUAAACUAGUAUAUGAUAUAUGUAAUGGAGAAAUUAAUGAAAAUUUUAUAAAAAAUGUAAAUAUUUUAACAAAAAAAAUAGAAAAUUGCAAACAUUGCUUAUAUGAUUCGUAUCCAAGUAUUAAAUUUUCUUACAUAGAAUUAGAAAAAUUAAAAAAUAAAGCCGUUGAGAGAAUUUAUAUAUUUUUUCUUUACAAAAUUAAUGAUAUAAAAAAUAAAAAAAUUAAUAUUCAUUUAAUUCAGCAAAACUUAAUCAAGUUUCAUGAAUUGAAUAGUUUUUUAUAUAAUAAUAACAGAAAUGUAUAUAACUACUUGGUAAAGGAAUAUGUUAAUGUUAUGAAUAGAACGUAUCAUAAUUUAUUUAAAAAUUAUAUUGGAGACUUAGAAAAAAAAAAAAUAGAAUUUAUCAAUGUGUUAACUAUAGGUUUCCUGAGUUAUUAUAAAAAUGAUAAUAAUGCAACUUUACUAUCAGCAAAAAACAAAAUGAUGAAUAUGCUUGGUUUUAAUUUAAAUAAUAAUAAUAAGAAUGAUAAAAAAGAAAAUUUAUUUUUAUUAAAUAAUAGAAAUAAGAUAUUAAAUGAUUUAGAUUAUCAUUCCAAUAAUGAUUCUGGCAAAUCAUCUUUACCUGUUAUAUUUACAACAGAUAAUUCUCAAUAUUAUUUUGAAGAAAUUUAUAAAUCUAUUAAUAAAUUAUUUCUAGAUACAGGAACAGCAGAAUAUUUAUUUAUUUCAAAUUUUUUUAAAAAUUAUGAAAAUCAGGAUUUUUUGUUUUUAGAAAUAUAUUCCAAAACAAUAACUUUAUGCUUUGAUUUUAUUUAUUAUUAUAUGAAUGACACUUUUGAUUUCAUUUCUCUUUUUUUCAUUUAUAUAAUUAAUUUACAAAAUGGAUUUACAAUUAGAAAUAGAAAUAUAUUUUCAUUAUAUGAAUUUAUUGAUAAAAUUCAAAAUUUGUUAUGGAAAAAAAUAUAUCUCAUUAUUGAUCAGAAUAUUAAAUCAUUAAAUUAUAGAAAUCAUAAUAUGAAUGAUUUAACAAAGAAUUCUAAUAAAAAAACUAUUUAUAAUUUUAUAUACACAAAUAAAAUUAAUAAUGAAAAUAAAAAUUAUAACACAAUUGUAAAUUAUGAUACAAGUAAUAAUCCCAAUUCGAAUAUUAGAUUAAAUUCUGAUUUAGAAGAAAAAGAAAAAGAUAAUAUGCAAACUUUUCAGGAAAUUAAUCAUAAUGAAAUAACAAAAAAUAAUUUCACUAAUUCAUUAAAUGAUAUAGAAAAAAAUCAAAUGAACAAUUCUUCUACCUAUAUUAAAACUCAAACACAUUACAUUACUAAAAGAUUUUCUGAUUUUUAUUCCUCAUUUAUUAUAAUGAGUGACUUAUGCUUUAAGUAUGAGAAAUAUUAUGUUGAAAAAUAUUCUGAAAAAAAAGAUGGUCAUAAUAAUAAAAUAGAUGAAGAUAAUGAAAAUUUAUUAAAUUUAGAAAAAAAAAAAAAGAAAAAUUGUAACAAAAUUUCUUUGAAUAUUCACGAAGAUAUUUCAAAUAAAAAUGAUGAUACUUCAUCUUAUCAGUGUGAAAUGAAUGAAUUGAAAUAUGAAAAAAGCGAUAAUGAGAAGGGAAAUAAUGAAAAGGGUGAUGAUAAUUUAGAUAAAGUGAAUGUAACAAACUUAAAAAAAAAUAAUGAUAUUGGAAUUAGUUUAAAUAUUGAUAAUAAUCCGAAAGAUAUUAGCGAUCAUAUACCUAUUGUUAAUUAUUCAAAUACCAAUAUUGAUAAUUUAUCUAUUCCUAAUCUUCCAAAGCUUAGCGAUGAUUUUAUCAAUGAUAAUAGCAUAAAUGUCGAAUGUAAUACAAAAAUUUCUGAUAUCUCUAAUAAUGAUAAUAAAAAAAGUCUAAUAACUGAAAAUAUUGUCAAUGAUUCACUUUUAAAAAAAUCAAAUGAUCAUAAAAAUAAUUCAUAUCUUUUAAAAGAAUUGGACAAAAAAAAUUCAGAAGUAACAAAUUAUGAAGUAAAUGAAAACAAAACCGACGAUUUUGAAUCAAAAUAUAAGAAUUUAGGUAAUUUUGUAUUAAAACUAGAAGAAGCUAUUGUAGAUGCAUUGGUCAAUUUAAGCAAAGAAUUUUCAUACACAAAAGAUAAAUUAUUAUUUUUAAUUAAUAAUUAUUACCACAUUAUAUAUGUUUUAAAAGAAAAUGAAAUAAAUGAAGAAAAAAUUAUAAAAUUUGAAAAGUUAUUAGAAAAAGAAACAUCAUUAUAUAUUGAUCAUCAGCUAAAUGAGUAUAUUAAAGAAAUAAUAAUCUUUGUAAAUAAACAUGAAAACAUAAUUAAUAAUUUAAAGGAGGAGGAAGAUAAUAUAAUAUCGUAUAUUGAUGUAAAAUCAAUGGAAAGUAUAGCUGUUAAUUUUAGUAAAGAAUGGAAAAAUUUACUUAAGGAAAUAAAACAAAAUGUUAUAAAUUCCUUCACAAAUUUUGACAAUUCUUUAAAUAUAUUGAAAUUGUUAAGCACAAAGGUUCUUUUAUAUUAUACGAGAUAUUACCAGCUGAUAAAGAAAGUUUUUUCUAAUUCCCAAAUACCAAUUUAUAUUCAGAAAUUACCAUCUGUUGAUAUAGUUCUAACACAAAUUAAAAAGAAUUCCAAGAAUUCAGAUACCUAA